AUGCAUUAUUUUGCAAGCAUUUGGACUGUGGUUGUUUUUUUAAUUCUACUGAAAAACGCAGGUAAGCCGUACAGCCUAUAUGUUAACUUGACUGUAUGCAGUCCACAAUUUUUUUUAGUGUAGUAUAUAUUACAAUGUCAACGACCGCUAGAACUGACUAGAACUGAAUUGACAAGUGAGACUUAGAUAGCACGAAUACGAAUUUCGAACCAUGCGUGAUCCCAGCACUCGCCGCUCAUAAAGACAUUUUAGGCACACGAUUGUUGUACAUAUAUUUUUAACUACACUGUAAGACAAACGGAGUGGUCUUUAAAGCUGUUACUCUUGACUUCCAAAGAGUAAAGUAGUUUAAUGCGAGACUACAGAAAUUUGUUCAUCAUACAGGGGCGGAUCCAGGAUUUUAUUUAGGAGGGGGUGCACUCGUCUCUUGCUCCACUUCAACACCAAUAAACCACAUAGUUUUUUUUGCAGAAUACCAGUUGUAUUAGAAAACCGCAGGUCAUCUCAGGGAGGGGGGGGGGGUGCGCACCCCCUGCACCCUCCCCCUAGAUCCGCCCCUGUCAUAAAUAGUCUAAGUCCAACGAAGGGUGUUUAAUUUCGAGAACGCACUCACAAACGUAUCAGGGUUCAUUUACGGCCUUUCUGCGGACUACAAGUCAAAGAUCGCAAACGACCAUAGCAUUGGAUUGACCCUUUCACUUAUAAUAGUAGGCGAAGUUAAAUUGAAACAAUGUUUUUGUAAAAACCUAAGAUUUAAAUAGUACUAUGUAAACGUUCUCCCAAAGAGGUUUCAUAUACAUUUGAAUGGUAACACCACAGGAUUCCAUCCACAGCAUCAAAAGUUAGAGUUACAUACUAAAGAAAUAAUACCAUGAGGAAAUACUGCUGAAGAGGUUUCAUUUGAAUGGUCACACCAUAGGAUUUCAUCCACAGACUCAAAAGUUAGAGCUACAUACUAAAUAAAUAAUAUCACGUGAAAGUACUGCUGAAGAGGUUUCAUUUAGAUGUGACACCAUAGGAUUUCAUCCAUAGAAUCAAAAGUUAGAUUCUACAUAAUAUACUGAAUAGUACCAUGUGAAAAGUACCACUGUAACUCGGUUAUGAUGUAAGUUUUUGUAGAAUUUACCGAUGUCGUAUAUUCUUAUUUCACAAUGUCUCCUAGUCGAAAGCCUAUUCAAAGUAGUAUAGAAUGAGCGCAUGGCUUCACCUGGGUUGCCAUUAAAAAUACAUGUUCUAUAUUCUUUGCAGGAAGUGAAACUCUAAAGGCGUCUAAAAAGGUAAGCCGAGCGGGGAACUGGUAUGACUUAUGUCCGCAAAGGCUCUAUGGAUCGUUUGGAGAGACAGCAAAAACGUGGCGGACAGCAGCAAGCCAUCUGUUAAAAGACGCUGUCAAGGUCCCAAAAACUCAUGCGUGUUGCAUCAGGGUCCGUCUUAAGAAUCCUGUAAUAGUCGAAGAAUUAGUUGCAUUUUUGAAACUUUUAUUUGCAUUUUGAAACGGAGCACUUGUAGUGCGCCAUGUGCUGUCCUUCCAAACGAUCCCAAGAAGCUUUGGGGUCUCAUAUCGUACCCAGUUUUUAACUCGUUUAGAACAUGUAGCAGUGCGUCUUUUGAAUGAGAUAGCUGUUCGAACAAGACUUAAUUCGCCUAAAAAUUAAUUAUAAUGUUACUAGGUAAUACGUUAAGUUGGCAUCGAGAACAUAAAGAAAUUUGGAUCCACUAAGCCAUCAAUUCAAUGCAAUUCAAAUUAUUUGCAUUUCCAUAUGAAUAGAUGGCAUUGCCGAUGACAAUAUUCGUUGCAUGAAAGUAAAAGAGAAGAUAAUAACAAUAAUAACAAAAAGUAAUCAGUACUGAAAACUUAAAUUACAUACCAAAUUUCUAUUUAUAUGGCGACUACGUUUAAUGAUCUAUUUGCCCGUUUUUCGGUGGUCAGAAAGAUAAAGUGGCCAAGUUUUUUUGCAAACAGAAGGGUAUAUACUAUUAAAGAGAAAUAGUGUCAUAUCAGUUGAUCGAGUGAAAAUGAGGAUAUUUUUGACUUAUAGAAUCCAAAAUUAUAUCAUUGGUCUCUGAAAACACAUCUGCUGUUGUUUUCAGGGCUAGGGGGAUUGUUUGGGUCAUCAGUUUAAAUCUAUUAUUUCGUUAGCUAAUUAAACUACUCGUUCAGAGAGCUUAGUGGUUCCCCGAAAUGAAAACUUCAUUGGCUUCUUAGAGCUUUUUCUCGCGCUUAAAGGAGCUCUGUCACGAUCAUUCAACAGAAACAAAAUAAUCAUAGAAAGUAUAAAUAACACCGCAAAUACGAAAGGAAGCCUGGAUGGACAAACCUGAAGAAGAUUGAAACGGAUUGCAUUUGUAAUUGUUGAAAACUUGUUAACCUAAUAGUUUUUCGAAGUUUGUUUCUGUUGUUUGUAACGUUCGAUAUAUAGAGGAUAUUACACGUUGGCUCGAAGAUAUGAAUUUUAUGUUCUCGUGGCAAGAACAAUAUCUCACGAGUGAGCGAAGCGAACGAGUGAGAUAUUGUUCUUGCCACUCGAACAUAAAAUUCAUAUCUUCGAGCCAACGUGUAAUGUUCUUUUUAUUAUAUGGAGAAACCAAUUCAACAAAAGCAAAAGGCGGGAAUCGUGACGUCAUUGAACGAUACGACACUCACAAAGGUGACAUACGGAAAAUACGCCACUCGGGUCCCGGAUGAAGUGGCGUAUGGAAUCUACGAGUGGUUUAGUUCCCGGUAAAACACUCUCCUCCAUAUAAUAAAAUGCUUUAUAUAACACGAAGCUGUGAUUUUGUCAUUCGAAAGUGAUUUCCAAAGUUCCAUAAAGAAUAAGGACGCGUAAUUGGUAUUAUUAUAUGGAGGAGAGUGUUUUACCGGGAACUAAACCACUCGUAGAUUCCAUACGCCACUUCAUCCGGGACCCGAGUGGCGUAUUUUCCGUAUGUCACCUUUGUGAGUGUCGUAUCGUUCAAUGACGUCACGAUUCCCGCCUUUUGCUUUUGUUGAAUUGGUUUCUCCAUAUAAUAAAAAGAACAUUAUACGUUGGCUCGAAGAUAUGAAUUUUAUGUUCUCGUGGCAAGAACAAUAUCUCACGAGUGAGCGAAGCGAACGAGUGAGAUAUUGUUCUUGCCACGAGAACAUAAAAUUCAUAUCUUCUCGCCACCGUGUAAUAUCCUCUAUUUAUCAUUCGAUGUAAAUUUUUCUUCCUUUUCAUUGACCGAAAUCCCACCACGUGACUUGCAAAUAACUGCUUACAGAUAACGGUCUGCUCAUGCUACUCAAUGGUCUGCUCAAUGUCGUCCAACUUUGUUUGUCUGCAAAUAAUAUUCUGCUCAUGCGUAAACGAAACCACGCUUGCGAUGGCUCUUGCGUGAAAAAAGGCAGAUCGCCUCGCUUCUCGAAGAUAUUCAUUAGAAAACAAACUUGGUGAUCGAAUGAUAAAACAAUUAUUAAACUCGGCUAUCGAAAAAUAUCCUGAUUUGUCAGAUCACGAUAUUUUAUAUCAUUAUAUUUCAGACAAAUCACGAUAUUUUGCUCAACCUCGUCAAUAAUUGUUGAUUAUUAACAAAUGAAGUUGUCAGGCCCUUCAAAACCAACCCCUACACCAGAACCCCCGAUUGAUGAAAUGGCAAUGAUAAUCAAGCUGCUUUAAGUGCCGUCAGCAUUGAAGCAGUUCAGUAGCAUUGUAGUUAGCAUUGCAGUGACAACCGAAAUCAAUUUCGAUCGUGAAGUUUAAUUUUAUUUACUUUUUUUUACUUAUUUCUCCUCAGAAUCUUCAUCAUUACAUGACCAAGAGAGAAGUAGAGUAUUUAUUUGGCGUCAAAGAUCAUUCUGAAAGUAAGCGAUGUUUGGAACCUAUUAGGUAGCGCUAUCAGGAGCUCAUUAUCCUAGAGAGUUCAUCGGUUACAAUAAGUGUGGCAGCGCGUUGGACGUUCAUCUAUAUUUAGAUUUCUUUUCCUCCUAUAUAUAGAGCGUUUUCACUCACGAGGUCAAAAGCUAUGCAAAUUUAUUGGAACAAAAGAACAUUUUUACAUAACAAAAAUUUCCAACUGCCACAGGACUGGUUUGGAACACCAACAUGGCCGCCGUUUCAUCGUUAUCAAGCACCAAUAUGGUGAACGUGACGUCAUGUGAAAACGCUCUAUUUGCUUUGUUCACAAACGUACACGCAAUGGAAUAUGACUACAUUUGUAGAAGAUUAGAAAAAGACCUGGGCCCAGUUGUUCGAAGGCCGAUUAGUGCUUAACCCGGGGUUAAAUUUAACCCGGGUUUCUCUUUCUUGUGUCCAAAGCAUUUUCUCGGAUAAUUUUCUCUGUUAUAUUUAGAGCUUUCAAUCGUCAACUUGUAGACAAAAAGAAUGAAAACUGAAAUACUUUUUAAGCUUUCAAAUCUGAAUUCAAAUCUCGCACUAACCCUGGGUUAUCUUAACCCGGCUUUGAACAACUCGGCCCUGGGCCAGGUUGCAUAAAACCUUCUUAAGAUAAGAGAGCACUUAACUUUUGUUCUGGAACAAUAACCUAUUGUUUUGAAAUAAUAGUUACGAGUUCUCUUAAUCUUAAGAUGUGUUUUGCAACCCGACCCUGGCGUCUUGUUCUUCGAACAACUUAGCUCUCUCUGCUUAACCCUUUAAACGCUAAAAUUAAAAUUAACAUUCUCCUUUGUCGCCCCUAUUCAUUUACUAUAGAAUUAGUGGGGAGAAGUUGAUAAAAUAUCAAGCAAACACAUUCUCUGUUAUCAUGUCCUUAAUUCUCAUGACCACUCUGUUUUACAAAGCAUUGCUAUAACAAGGAGAAAUUUGAUGCUGAUCUCUGGUUUAACAUCCACCUUUCCUGGAAAUCCUGCUCUGCUCAGAUGGCUGAGAGCACUAAAGAUGAAUCUACAAAUGAUCUAUUAAUCUAACACAUUGUAACCUAAGCCUAAUGUGACAAAUGGACGCUCGGAGUUGUUUGGCCCCUACGCUCGCAAGCUCGCACGAUGCUGGGCCUACUCUAUCCAACUGUUUUUGUAAAUGGGUAAGGGCUGGAUGGAUUUGCUUCCCGUUCUGGGGGAUGGGGUUGGUAGAAAUUUUCCUAGUUUCUUGAUGCCAUGGAAACCUGGAUAAGCUCCAGCCUGGUGGACUACUCGACUAGAGUGCAGACUUGACCUUAAUACGCGUGUCCAUUCCUUUUAUCUGCAGUUCCCGAAUAUGACGUAGCCACACCGCACGAAACAGAGUCAAAUGGAAGAAAGAUGUCCCCCUUCGGUCGCAGACGGCGCUCGUCUAAUACAGAUCUUUUACACUAUAAACUUCAUGCAUUUGGAUCUAAGUUUCGGCUGAAGCUAAAGCCAAACAAAAUGCUUAUGACGCCCAACUUAGUCGUCGAAAGACACCACGGAGGGGGAAGAGUUUCUGCUCACCCUGUGCCUGAAAAUAAAUUCUACUUGGGAACGGUGUCCUCGCAUCCAGACUCCCUGGUGGCCGUGAGAAGCGAUAAAGGACUGGUAAGGCUAGGAUUUUAAACUUUCUUCUUUUUGCUUUAUGGUUCUGCUUCCCCAGCACCAGCAAAUAAAUAAAUUAAAACCGCGGCAGGACAAGCUCAGUCGGUAGAGCGCCUGCCUUUAGAGCGGAAGGUCGCGGGUUCGAUCCCCGUGGCCGGACCUAUAGUCAGAGUCUCAAAAUAACUGAGAAGUAAAGGUACUACCGUUGCCCUGCAAACGAGUAGACCUUCGCGUCGCUCGGAUGACCACGUAAAGUGGCGCUCCCGUCUCAAGUAGGAGACGCAAAAAUAGCAUCCUCGAUUAGUACUUUGGUGCUAACUACAUUGAAACGCAAAUAAAGUGCGUUAUGAAUUUUCAUUUUUGAUUCUGUUCGUGUUGAACAUUUAGACACCUCUACUGGAAACGUUUUUUAAUCACAGUUAUGGGUACAACACGGUGAAUGAAAAGACAAGUCAACAAUAAAAUUAUAAUGAAAUAGGAAAAUAUACAGCAGGUUUAGUUAGAGCAAUUUAAGUUUUUACUCAAACCUCCAGUCUGUGGUAGUCAAAGUAACAGAGCCUUUGAGUUGAUCACUGCUUACUGUACAGAUAUCGGAAAGGGGAAACUGUACUCAAUAAUUCAACUUUCCAAUCGUAGAUCUAUGCUAACUCAAAAAAUCCUCCACAAUCUUGGAUCAUGACCACUUUAAAGGAAAAGUAACAUUUUCCUUUUUCAUUCCAAUAGUCCGGCAUGAUAAGGACGUCAGAGGACACUUUUUUCGUCGAGCCUCUCCCUGCACAUUUAGCAAAGCGCGUGAGGAGAAGCAUCGACAGAAUGCCUCAUCUGAUUUACAGAGCCUCGUCGUUGAAACUUGGCAACUCUAGCUGUCAAACGAGCAAUUCAUCAGGUUUGUAUUGAGUUGUCGUGUUUUAGAAGUGCGAUAUGUGAAUAGUGUUUGAAUAGGGGUUAAUGUGUACCAACCGUGUAGUUGAUUUCACACCGCUAACAGAUCAUUCUUAUUACAGACCUUAUUUUUCUUAUUAGUAUAGCUAAUAGCAUAAUUUGUAGUGAUAUUUGGCAUAAAUACCACGAGUGAUAUGUCGAAAUUGUUAUACGUAAUUUCACGAGCCCUUAGGCGAGUGAAAUUUGAGACAAUUUUGAAAUAUCACGAGUGGUAUUUAUGCCAAAUAUCACGUACAAAUUAAAAAAAUUAAGCUGAAAUACCACUGCUCUGAGCCAAUCAAAUUGCAGAAAUUUCUCAUGUAGUGGUAUAAAAGACCGUUUUCUCUGUACCAGUACGGGGAGAUUGUGUCUCUCAUGUCUCUCUCGCAACUUAAUGUUGCAGCAAACUUUGUGAGAGGAAUAUCUUGAUUCCACUUUGUACAAUGCGGGAUACCUCAGAGAGGUGGUGCAAGGCAUGAUCUUUACGACGUAUAACAGGCACUAUUAUUCAUUCAAUAUAUUUCCCCGUAUCUGAUUGGUUAAAACCACACGUAUUAUUCACCAUAACCAGCCGCUGUUAACCAAAUUUGAAAAGAAUUUUGACAUGUUGAACCGAUGACGUCAAAAUGACGUCAAAAGUGCAGCCUUGUUGCAGGUUAUUGAACUGUUGACCGAGAAAACCUGGGGACGGUGCUGAGUUAUAUGACGGAACUGUCGCGGAACGUUUUCCUCGUUUCACUGCGAAAUAUUGUCUAAAAACAUUGCAAGAACGGCAAGAAGACAACUCGCCAGACAACAUCUGUUAUUUGGAGUAUAUUUGCAGACCUUUGCAGACCUUAAUCUCCUAAACUUCGCGAUGCAGAUGCAUUAUCGAUAUGAACUUACAUCGACCGAGGCUAGCUUGCUCUUGGAAUUAUUUUGAAGGAAUAAUAAAACAAUUAUUGAAUUCAGCUUUCCUAGGAUAUGAAGAAUUCUGCAGAUCGAGGAGGGUGUUGUCCACCUCGGCCGAUAACACCCUCCUGGAUCUGCAGAAUUCUUCAUAUCCUACUCAGCCUCAUUCAAUAAUUGCUAAAUAUGUUUUGUCAAAUUGCAAAAUCGCAAUUAAUAUUGAGGCCGAAAAGUAACUCUUUUUUACUCAAGGGAGUUAAAUACAUUUUUUUAAAACUUUUUUACAUUUGUUUCUCCUUGUAGAUAACUACCGCUACAGGGGGUCAAAACAUGUGCAUGACAGAAAGCGUCGGGCCACUAGUAAUUACAAAUUUAUGGAAGCCGCCUUGAUUGUUUCUCAAGACUAUGUUGACAAGUACGGAGAAAAGGACUUUGCUACAGUACUUCUUGUCAUUGCUAACAUGGUAUGUAUGAUCUGUGGGGAUUCUCUACCUCACAUUAAAAAUAAAUGUCUCCGGGUGUUUAGCCAUAAGAGCCUCAGACUGCGAGUUUAUUACAUAAGCACAGCAAAACAUCUCGACGUCAACAGGGGUCCUUUUUGCAUGAGCAUGCGCGACCGCUGACUUGUCAAAGAGCACGCGACCAGUGACAGCGACCGUGCUGCAUAGUCAUAGGAACCAAAUUGUUCACUUUGAAAGCUUGCUUGAGAUUGAAAUGGUAGCAGGAACUUAGGAAAGACCUUCGUUGUACAAAAUAAGUAAAGAUCUGUUGAUUUAAAGUGGAGACUGAUGCGCUGAACGAGGUGAAAGAGCAAGUUUCUCAAGGAUGUCUGACACGAACAUGGCUGCUUGUUGUUGUUUGGCGCUCGACUCGUGUCUUGAUUCCUCUUUAAGAACCGCAAAGUUUGGCAUAGAAUGCAUUGCUGAUGCGUAGCUAAUAAGCAAAAUGUUCUUUAUUUAGUGUUUGUCUAUACAUCGGAUGUAAAUCAGUUUCUCGAUGCCGUAGAAGAUUUCUGUCAAUUAUUUGUUAAUAGCUGAUUUAGCCAUAUUUCGGGAGUGGAUUAAUAACGAUCAGCGGGCGACUACCACGCCGUUUUCAGUUGGAAUAGAAAGUUUUUGCCUUAAGUAUUUUAGCGAUACAAAGUUUGUUUAUAGGAAAAUUGUAGAACUUCUUCUUUUUGCGUGGACUAACAUUGUAACGCAUCUUUUACAGGAAUUUGCUUUUAGCCAGAACUUAAAUGUUCUAAUGAUUUUUAACUUUUGGUCGGCAUCACAUGUUUACUGUACUUCUUGGGAAACCUAACCGUUUGUUUCAUCAAAAUCGGUCACAAGAUUGGACUUUAACUUCGGUCCUAUUGAAUGCAGUUUUGACUGUGUCUCAUUGAUAUUCAUUUUUUUUAUUGUUCGAGACAUACAGAGUGACUACCACCAACAUCUCACCAGGUGACUAAUCUACGUCUCGUGUGCUCUUAAUUUUGUAGCUUUAAAGUGCUGGGAAAAUUGUAGAACAUAUAUUANCAGCAGUCGCGCAUGCUCAUGCAAAAAAGACCCCUGUUCUCGACGUCACAACAUACUCUCAUACGCUCAUGCAAACACGCCUCUCGGCCAAUCAGAGCACGAGUACUGUCUUAUUCAUUUUAUUAAUCAGAAUUAAACCGUACACUUCUGAACCUCUCAUAACCGUCCGUGUGGAUCCACGUCCCUUGUACCGUUAGUGACGUCAUCAUUUUUUACCGGUCAUAGGCCUAGGCCCGACGUCGAACUUUUCAUGAGACGAACUAAACUCUAAUUUGGGUCGACCUAAAUUAAGUUAAGAUCGUCUGUUAUUUUAUUUCGUCGCAUGUGAAGAUCUACGUUUGUCCCGGAGACGAUCUUCAGACGUUCUAUCCGUCUGAAGCAGUCGCACAGAACGUGUUGGACGAUCCAAACCCAUUCAGACGAACUUAACUGAGCCAUACGUCGAACGUUUCAUGAACUUAACUCACUAAGUUUGGUUCGUCUCAUGAAAAGUUUGACGUUCGGCCUAGCCAAAGACAUCUUUGACUCUUAAUUUGUGUAGAGGAGAAUAGAUCUUUCGAAACGACCGUACUCGAAUUAUUACGAUUUAGCUAAUCAGGCUAGAGAAAAACGAAAGAAACCAUCUAAAGGAGUCCGAGUAUAGCCGCCCCUCCCCUCAAGUGAAAAAAAGGGGAAAUUUUUUUUCUUAAAGGGAGGGGAAGGCUGUGCACAGGCAACAUGUAAAGUUAACCAGAAAUUUCCAAUUAAAAUCUCGUUCCACUACCCACCCGCACAAGAGAUUUCAUUUGUUGUUUUUUACCUUAGGUUGCAGGAAUGUAUCGAGAUCCUUCAAUUGGAGCAAUAAAGGUGUAUUAUGUGGUCAAAAAAAUAAUUCGUAUCAAUUCAACGAAAGACGAGGUACGUACAAUAGAGCGCUUAAACAACAACGACGGCGACGGCAACGAAAACGUCACUAAAAAGUGAAUUUGCGCCGCUUCAAACUUUAUCGCGCUUAUUCCACCUCGUCAAUUCAUAAAAUGUUGGUAAAUUUUUCUGGAGUUGAAUUCUAAAAGACUGUAUCAAAGUUUAGGAAAAGGAAAAAGAAAGUCGUUGUCUUGUGUUCACGUCCUGGACCAAACGUGAAAUUAGGCACUUUCACGUUGUAGUCGUGCUGCAAUAGCCUGCAAAAACAUCCGUCUCUCCUCUCUCUUCGCCUCUGGGGACGUUUCGCGCGUUCCUCCGCGCGAAACGACCCCAGCGGCGAAGAGAAACGGAGAAACGGAUGUUUUCGCAGGCUAUGUUGCAACGGCAAAGAAAUUUUCAAAAAAGAGUGAUACACGUGCAAAGUUGUUGUUUAGUGUCAAUCAAUCUAAACCUAUUGCUUUUUUGCCGUUCUCGUUGCCGUCGCUGUUGUCGUUGCUUAAACUCCCUAAUAAUAAAGAGAUUAAGAUUCGUGUUUACGCCAAACGGCAAACGUGAAUUUGUACCACGUGACCAAGUUUCCCCCUUAAUUGUCGAUUACAGUUUAGUACUUUUACACAGAAAUAAGUAGUUUCACACCAGUUUUAUCCAUAAGAAUUGUACUGGACACUUUUUAUCAGCAUAUUUUCUAUUCUGAGAAAUUCUCAACUUGAAUCCGACGUUUGCCGUUUGCCGUAAACGUGACUCUUAAUCUAUCUAAUACUUUAAGGGUACUGUGUCACGGCUGGCUAGCCUUCAUUUUGUUUAUGACGUCAAUUACGCAUUCUUAUUCGCCAUGGAGUUUGGUCUUUUGAGUGACAAAAUCACAGCUUCAGUUCAUAGAAAUAUAUGUUUCCCAACAAUUAUUUCAAACGUUACAUACAAAAAUGAACUUUGACACUUGUUAGGCUAACAAGUUACUGCGCUUUUCACAGACAUGCGAAUUCUUAAGUUCAAAAGCUAACUGAGGAUUGCGUUUUUCGCUGCCGUCAAUCAUCUCAAGGGACCUCUUAGAAAACAAAACUAUACUUUAACGGAUUCAAAAGGUCAUGGUUUGUGAUUUGUGAUUGGUGGACUUCAAUCCGUUUUGUGUGUUUCUGUGUUUCAAGGUUCGUUGCUUGUGAUCAUAAUUAUGAUUGACGGCUGCGAAAAACGCAAUUGUGAAGGCGGCUUUUGAACUUCAGAGUUCGCAUUUUUAUGAAAAGCGCAGUAUGAACCACAAUUACAAAUGGCGUUUCAAUGUUCUUCAAAUUUGUCUAUCCCUGCCUCCUUUUGUAUUUGGCGUGUUAUUCAUACCCUCCUGUGACGGUUUGAGAGGUGUUAGUAAAUUUCGUGACACAGCUCUUAUAAUAGGCUGAUUUAGCCACAGAACGGGAACGUCAUUUUACAACAGGAAAGCACGAAGAAAUGACCAAAUGCGGCUGACAACCAAUAUGGUUUCAGGAAAAAUCGUUCUCCUUGCCUUGCGCCGACAAAAUUUCUGCUGCCUCUGACAGGAGAGAACAUGCUAUUGGAGUAUUUCUAGAUCUCUAGAAAGACUUUGAUAGGUCAGCCACGACAUUCUUUUCAACAAACUUAAACACUAUGGAGUUUGGGGGCCUACCUCUAGAAUGGGUCAAAAGUUACUUCUCCAGUGGGUCACAACUUGUCGAAUUCAAUAACUACAGGUUUCUGGGUGUUUUUUUAGAUGACAAUGUAGCCUGGAAAUCUCAUUUAUCUUUCGUUGCCACUAAAAUGUCUAAAACGUAUAGGCAUCAUUCAUAAAUCUAGGUUAUUUUCUCUCUCUACUCACUCUCUUCGUACCAUAUAUAAUAGACUUUCUAAAAGUUGUUCGCUUGGUUUUCUGGUCUGGUGUGGUAGGACCCGGCUUCGCGCUCGCUCGCUCGCGCUACGCGCUCAAAAGCUCGACUUGUGAGCAAGUCUACAUAUAUAAUUCAAUGAUCCUUCCAUAUAUAUAUUAUUGCAAUCUAGCUUGGGGAUGUGCCUACAAAUCUACUCUUAACUGAAACGAUAGUUAUAUCACAGAAGCGCGCUCUGAGAAUAGUAAGCAAGUCUAGGUUCGAUGCCCAAACUGACUAAGUUUAAUAGAUGGCGCAAUGUUAAAUGUAAAUACUCACAACGCAGUUUCUUUUUGCACUAAUUACUCUUCUUUGGUCGCAGCUCAAAUUCAAGGACGGUGACGGCGAUAUAACCAUGCUAAAAAAAUUGUUGAGUUGGUCUUCAACUUAUAUGAACUUACCAAACGGAGACUCGGAACAUUUUGAUGUGUUUAGCUAUAUCACAGAGUAAGUAUAUUCGUCAUUCAUACAUACAUACAUACAUAUACUUUAUUUAUGCUCGAAAUUUACAGAGUAGCUGAUCUGAUCUGGAGAAACAUUAAUGGGGGCACUGCGUAUCACCUAGUGCGUAUAACAUUGUGACUUCAAAGGUGGCGGUGAUUCAUUUCGACUUCAUUUCGCGCAGAAACCAGUGGUAGCGUCGCGAAAUUUUGGUGUUUUCUAAGGCCAGUGGAAAGAAAACGAGGCUCACCGCGCGCGUGACAAAGGUCUAUGGUAUCAUGCUUAAUGUCACUGAACAAUGUUGCAAUUCUCCAGCUUCUAGUAAGGAGGCGUUCCUGCCAUCUGGGAUAUUAUCAUGUGUAUUCUUAGGACAUGAAAGCGAUGCACCGGGCCUCACUCCUCUGGCCAAAUUGCGUAUCGCAUUAAACAGAGCACGCCCAAUACGGGUUUCCGCCAACAUCAAUCAUUGACUUAAUAAUUAUUAUGUGAAGGAACAUGAAGCUUGAAAAACUUUUCUGAUUGUGCUUUUUCAAUGUUAUUUUUGCAGCAAAAUGAAAGGAGGUAAGUACAACUUUUUGAAAGUACUCGUUUCGUUAUUAGGGAGUUUAAGAUUUAACUAAGGCGACGGCGGCGAGAACGUCAAAAACAGCAAUAGAUUUCAAGCCGAGCAACAAACGCCAUUCGUAUUCAUUUUAUGGAGGACGGUAAUCACUCCACGAGAAAUUUUACUUUCUCGUUUUGAGCUUGGAAAAAGUCCUUAAGUCAAACCCGCAGUCCUUUAUAGUCAUGCCACUAUAUACUGACUGUCUGGGUAAAAUGUAGAACAUUUCUUAAUUUUUAAAUGGAAUUUCGAGUGUUUAAUCUAUCUGCCCCAGGGGAGGGUAUUCCGGAUUUCAAGUGAUGGGGAUGAUGGAAUGAGGGCAAAACUUAAAGGCAAACUAAUCCGUGGACCAAAAAUUAACCCCGAAAAAAUCCGAUGCCUAAUUUUCGAGCCUUAAAAAUUUCCAGAAGGCAUUAAAGGAUACAAAACGAAAAAGGAAAAAUAAGAUAUGAAUUUUUGAGUAAGUUUAUCCAUCUUACCAUCUUAAAUUAUCUUUUCCGCAUCUGGUAGAUGCCGAAAAUCUUCAAAUUGUUUUGAAUGGCCAAAAAAUCCCUCCUUAAAUCAAGCUACCAAACAAAAUACUCGCCAAAUUGUCAAAAUGCAGUAUUUUGCCACACACGAACACUCGAAGGCCGUAACUGCUGCCCGUAGAACAUGAUCCCGGUCGGGGGGGGGAGGGGGGCGGGGGGGAGUACUCUCUUAUAUGACCUAUACGGGUAAGUGCCGCUGGACAGGGUAUGGUUUUUGACGUCUCUGUCCUAAUCAUAGUAUAUAAUUUCGUGUGAGUCUGUCAGCAGGGUAUGGCCUGCACGAUUUAUAUGAUUUCCUAUAUUUUUUUUUCUUUGUACUCCAAGUAUACAAAAGCAAUGACUAUAACGUGAAUUUGCUCUAGCGUGCAUUUUGUCCUUUGUUCUAAACAGGGUAAUAAAAUUGAGAGUGUUGUCUUGAUCACAGUAUGUAUUGAAGGAAUUUUUUGUACUUAACAGGGUCAGGGUUUCAACCCCUCAGCGGCUCACCUGUACCACCAACGAUUGGUGAUGGUCGAGUACCCCUCGCGGGAACGUGGUCCUACGACCAAGAGAUAUAUUUACCUCACCCCACAGAUAGAAAUCUAUACGGUAUCUUCGAGGAAGUUAUUUGGGCGACGGGUUAGGGUGGAUUUGGAAAACUUUGCUUACAACUAAAAAAUUUUUACCUCCCCCAUGGUAUCACAGAUAAUUCUAAGUCAGAAAUAACGAUACUUCACUUAACCUAGUGCGUAGCCCCACCCCCAAACGUGCGUAGUGCAAUCAUUGUUGUACAAUCAUUCGUGUUUUGUUUUAUUUGUAUUUGUAUUAGGUCGCGCCAUAGCAAACCGCAUGUGUGCUCCCAGGCUACCCAAUGGCAACAUAAACAGUGACGUGGGUCUCCAGACAGCUCUUUAUAUCGCGCACGAGACAGGCCAUAAGUAAGGUUACAUAAAAAUUUGGUAAACAUGUAACAGUAUGAUACUACAUGAGAAUGAUAUAUUUUUACAUAUUUCAAUAGUUCAGUAGCCUGUGUACAGCCGCCCCCUCCCCUCUCCUCCAAUAAAAUUGGAAAGGAGGGGAGCGGUUGUACACCCCAGGCUAUGGUUCAGUUGUAGCAGCAAGUGCGAGAGGCGCUGACUCAUGACUUAAACCUCAUUGGUAGGGUCUACGCGUUAAUACCAUCUGUUUUCAGAUAUUUUUUCAAUAGGUCACUAUUCCCGCACUACCCCCCCCCCCCCAAAAAAAAGGGUUAAAGUUCUGACUUUUUGGUUGGAUAAAGUACGUUUUUUUCUGUAUUUGCAGCGCUUUUCUUGGUCAUGAUGUAACACCUGAAUGCCCAAAUGGUAGGUACAUUAUGUCUGCGACACUUCCCUCUGGGAUCUAUGCUGCCACAUGGUCCAACUGCUCAAGCCGAGUACUUCAAAAUUUUUUGGGGUAA